GCGAGCGGCUGCAGCCAGUAGACGUGAGGACCUGGAGAGUGAAAGUCCGAGUAACAGCGCGAGCGUACGAGGCCGAGUGACGCGGGGCUCGCAGACAUCGCCAGCCGAAGAGAAACCGUCGACUUUGGGGCGCGCGAAAGCGAAAGGGGUGCUUUCGACGCGCGCGGCGUCUUCCGCCACCGCUGGCAGCGGAUUCCGCCCGCCCGGGCGCCGGCAAACGCCGCUUUUCCGUGCAUGUGUUGCUCACCUCUGCCUAGCGGGUCAGGGUUGCGAUCAUUGCGGUCUCUUGUUCAGUGUGUCUCGGUUUUUUGCUUCUGUGACUUUGAUUUGUGAUUUUAAUUGGCCACGAACCAAAUCGGAAUACCUUUGUUCACCUAAAUAAAAUGACAUAUGAGGAUCGCAAUGGACUCUAGGAUUGGCCUGGACUUUAUCGUCGAAAAUCCCGAGUACAUAAGGAAGUUGGCGGCGGCUCUUGACACGGCCAACGUGACCGUCAAAAAGCAGGUCUUCGAGCUGCUGUCGGCGUUAUGCGUGCACAACGAAGAGGGCCAUGCCCGCGCCCUUGACACUUUAGACCACUACAAGAAAAUUAAAGGGGAGAGAUACAGACUGAAUGUGAUUGUUCAAGAACUCGAUAGAGCUACCGUAGUGGACUACCAAACAGCUUUAGUUGCGUUUAUCAAUUGCCUCAUCAUUUCCACGCCGAGAUUGACAGACCGAACCAGACUGAGAAACGAAUUCAUUGGAUGCCAUCUACUUCCUGUGCUGAACAACUUAAGAAAAUGUGCGGAAGCAGAGCCCGAGCUUGCUGUUCAACUGGACGUUUUUGACGAACAAAGAGAAAGUGAUGACGUCCAAAGUCUACAGGGCCCCCAUGGAGUGGACCUUAACUCUCCUCUCGAUGUUUUCUACGCGAUACUCAAACAGGUUGCGGAAACCCCGCAAGAGAUCCCGUUCCUGAGCAUCCUGCACCACCUGCUCAGAAUCGACCCGAAAGAAGCCGUCAGCGACGUAAUUUGGGACACAGCCGAACGACUCGUGCACCGCGCCACCCUCCUGGAGAGCCGCGAAGACGCCACGAGACUGCUGCGCGCGCCCAGCGCGCAAUCGAAGACCGCCUGCCACUGCCAGCAGACGACGCCCAGCAGAAGACAAUCGUUGAGCGCGCCGCUGAGUCCGCCGCCGCCUCCCCCGCCCCUCAUCCCCGCCCCAUCGCCGCCCCCGCCGCCUCUGCCCCCGAACAUCCCCGCCCCCCCGCCGUUCGUUCCCCCGCCGCCGGUACCCGCGCCCCCGAGAGCACCCACGAUGAGGAGGACGAUCGAUUCCCCCGCUCAGAACGAAAACGACUCUGUGAUAGGAAAGUUACCCCAACAGGAGAUUCCAGCGCCCAAAAUUAAGAUGAAAACCAUCAACUGGAACAAGAUACCUAGCAAUAAGGUUGUUGGAAAAAAUAACAUUUGGACUCAAGUGGCGUAUAGUCAUCAGCAUUCUCCAAUGUCCGAUAUGGAUUGGUCGGAAAUGGAGAGGAUGUUUUGCCAGCAAGCGCCUCCAUCGGCGCACUCCUCCCCCAAAUUGGGGAAUAGAGACACCCUCAAUCCUGAAACAUUGGAACGUAGAAUGAGAAAAGACACUACUGAGAUAACUCUGCUGGACGGCAAACGAAGUUUGAACGUAAACAUAUUUCUAAAGCAAUUUAGGAGCUCUAACGAAGAUAUAAUUCAAUUAAUACGCGACGGAGAACACGACGAAAUCGGAAGCGAAAAACUAAAAGGCCUGCUCAAAAUUCUACCCGAAGUCGACGAGCUCGACAUGCUCAAGUCUUUCAACGGAGACUUUAGCAAACUCGGGAACGCAGAAAAGUUUUUAAUACAGCUAACAAAUUUAUCGAAUUAUAAACUAAGGAUAGAAAGUAUGUUGUUAAAAGAAGAGUUUGCUUUUAAUAUGGGGUAUUUGCAACCCAGCAUUAACUCCAUGAUUAUAGCAGCUCAAGAUUUAAUGACGAAUAAACCACUCAAAGAGGUCUUAUACAUGGUCCUCAUAGCAGGAAACUUUCUAAAUGCGGGUGGUUACGCUGGAGAUGCAGCAGGUGUAAAACUAACUUCCCUUCAAAAAAUUACAGACAUCAGAGCUAAUAAACCAAAUAUGAAUCUCAUUCAUUUCGUGGCACUGCAAGCCGAAAAGAAAAAGAAAAGCCUGCUGUCUUUCACUGAUAACAUUAGCGUGUUGGAAGAAGCUGCCAAAACCACCGUGGAGCAGCUACAAAACGAAAUAAACGCACUGGACGUAAGGAUAAAAAAAGUCAAAAAACAAAUUGAUGUACCGACCACGGAAGCCGAACUUAAAUCGCAAAUGGACGCGUUUUUGGAGAUGUCCGAGAAAGAAGUGUCGAAUUUGUUGAGAAACAUGGGUGAAUUGGAUAACGUGCGGAAACAAUUAUCAGAGUUCUUCUGCGAAGACGUGAAUUCCUUCAAGUUGGAGGAAUGUUUUAGGAUAUUCCAUUGUUUCUACUGCAAGUUCAAACAAGCCAUCUUGGAGAAUGAACGGAGAAGAAUCCAGGAGGAGCAAGCGAACGCUAGAAGACGCCAAAGAGAAGAGCUGCUAGCGACUAAAAGAAGACAAAUGGGUAGUUUAGCAGAUAAUGAGGGUCCAUUUAUUGAUAUGCAGAUUUAUGAUACCAGAACAGGUUUUCCAAUGAAAAAGAGUCGGAAAUCUGCAAAUGGUAGUGGAGUAUCAGAAGACGAAUUGUCAAUAACAGGUUCACCCUCGUUUUCUCGAAGGCGUUUAGGUUCUUUCAAUGGAAAUAAUGGAGAAUCUUCCACGGGAAAGGAGGAAAAAUCGCCAGAUAUUACACCAAAUGGAAGCUUGCGCCGAAGAAGAAGCCGCGUGCUAUCAGAAGAAGAUGAGGGAAAUUUAAUGGACUUCCUAAGAGCAUCGGGGCACGAUACAAGCCGCGAAAGAAAGUCUUGGGGAAGCUUGGAUCGCUCUUGGGCUCGCAAGGCAAGAGGAAGCGGUCCAAGGAAACGCCCAGCUUUGCUGGGGGCGGAUUUUUCCGCGGAAAGGGAGAGGCCGUCGUCGCCGUCACCUCUAACGGAAUCGAAACCGCUUCCAUCUUCUGCCCCGGAAGAAGAAACUUCGAAACCGAAAGAAUGGCGGCAGAAGAUCGAAACUUGGCUUCAGGCGAACGAAAGCGACAAUGUCAGUGAUGAGGCCAGAAGGCAAACCAGGCGGCUUACGAAUAGAAGAUCUGUGGAGUUAGAUUCAGAGAGUGAGAGAAGCAGUACUUUGGACACGUUACCAGAAGGAAAGCAGGUGUACAGCGGUAGUCAAUCAAGUUAUAGGAAAAAUUAUCCAUCGUGGAAACCAUCUUCGACUAUAGAUAACACCGAUGUUGUCAGCGCGAUGGAAACAGUGGAAGAAGUCCAACCUCAAAUCAAAGAUAAAUCAGCGUGGAGGAAAUCUACGCUUAACGUUGCGAACAGUACGGAGGAAACAAAGGAAGAUGAUUUCCUCGGAAGACAUUCCAUUAAUAUUAACAACAACAACGCAACAAAACCUUUACAUUCCAUUUUGGAGGAUAACGAUCGGAAGAGUUUUAUAAGUUCUCUCGGUAAAAAUUCCGAUACGGAAAAGUUAACUCUGUACAUCAGAAAGCCGGUCGAAGCCACGUCGCCUCUGAUGGAGAGAAAAAAGCGCAUUUCCGACAACGUGGAUAACCAGGGCAGCAUAACCAACAACAAGGUGGAAAUCGACCAGGACAACAUAGAAACGCCGCCGGCGACCAGGAAGGUUUUCACUCCGACGCCCACGGAAAAGCGCGAGCCGAUUCAGCCGACGCCUUGCAGAAGGCAUACAAGAAGCAACGAGGAGUCCGAUUUGACAGCACUGGGCGACGGGCAAUUCGACAGGUACUCAGCUGCAAGAAGAACCCGCCGAUACAAGAGAAACACUGAGAGCUUGGAUGCCUCGCCUACGGAGGUUGUGGCGGAAACUCAAGUAACAAAACCCGUGGCGCAUGUAGAAACCUCGCAACCUGUAGCCAUGGUGGAACCUGUUGUUGAUAAGGACACGCGUUUGAAACAAUGGCAAGGCAAGUUGAAAGUCGACGCUCCUGAUGUGCCGAGGAGGUACAGGAAUCAGACCGGGAUAAGCCGCGAUGAAGUCGCGUUAGCCUUAUCGACGUCCAAAAUCGACAUUCCCACGAUAAGAAAAACCAAAGAGCACGACAACGACGAGGGCUUCGAGGAAACGCAAAGUUUGAUGUCGGAAUCACCGAGUCAAGGGGCUUCAUCGGGUGGAAAUUACGAAACCGAUACCUCGCAAGUUUUCACCAAAACGAAACCUAAACGAGCCAUUUCCACUGAAAGUAAAUGCACUGUAGACUCCACCACAAGCAGCGAAACACCUGUACAACCCAUCCCCAGAACUGCAAAUACUAAAACAGCAAUGAAAGCAUCCAGUGGCAGAACUCCGUCCGUGUUGGAUAGAUCCCACUCACUGCGAACGCCAAGUCUGGAUGCCUCAAAGAAAAUCGCUCCAAAACGUUCGGAGAGCUUGAAGAAGUCCGACUCAAAGUCCAGCGUGACCUCCAACAAAACGGUGCAGCGUUCAAACAGCAGAAACAGCAUAGUCAGCUCCAGGAGCUCUUUGAACAGUCAAAAUUCGACGAGCACGGUUAAAAGGCUGCCUCUGAAACCCACCAACACGAACACCAUCGCGAAACAACCGAUCAUAUCGCGCGCUCCCAACAUGAAAGUGCAGCUGAAACGUUCUACUAGUACUAGCACUAGUAGCAGUACUAGGCCGCCCAGGCCGCAGGCCAUGUCGUUCAUGAAACCCACAACUUCGAGUACCACGAAGAUCAACUCCUCCCCUUUGAUACCGGCCCGACAUUCCUCCUUUAGAUCGAAGAAUUAAGGGUCAAAAACAUUUUUUUGUAUUUGGAGUUUUCAAAGGCUCUCUUUUCCUGAGUUUUACUCUAAUCGACUUAAAACUUUGGAAAAAUAGUCUUGACAUGUUGAACCUUUGGUUAAAAAACUAAUUUUUUUUUUCGAAACCCUAAAUUGGGCAAAAAAUCCUGGGGAUUACGAAAAACAGUUUUUCUCGACUAUCUCAUAAACACUAGUUUACAGCCAUUUUGCCCACCAUAUCUCACUAUGAUUUUCUUGUGUAGUUUAGCUCACUGAACCCGAAAAUCACACUUAAAAUUUUUUUCGUGGAUGCGUUUUCGAGAUAUGAAUUUUUAAUUGUUUUUUUUUUUAAUUUUCUGAAGUUUUUUGACGCUUUAGAGUAUCGAUCGAUUUGACCAAACAAGCACUUAAUUCAAAGGUAAUUGAGCCCUCUACGACUUUCUCUUGUAUAGUUUUGGUAUCGGCUCAGUAGUUGAAAACGUCCUUUUUGUUUACAAAAAUCGAGGUCGAAAAUUUACAUAUCUUUCUGGGAAAGUUAGAAAUCGAAAAGAUAAUUCCAAGUUUAAUUUAUUUUACGUAUAGAUUAUACUUAAAGGAAAAAAAUAAGCUGUUGAUAAAAAUCCAUGGAUAAAUGUCGAAGUUAUGAAUUUUUCAGUGGAAGACCAAAAUUCAGUUUUUUGAGUUUUGACGUUUUUUCUUCAUUUUAUUGAAUUAUAUAAAAUUAAAUAUUGAUUUUUAUUUUAAACAUUAAUUAUUGAAAUUAAAUUAUAUAUUGAAUAUUAAACCAUAAAUAUUGAACAUUGAAGAAAUUAAAAGUUUUAUUUUGUCGUAAUAAGCAUAGGUUUAAAAAAAUGCUGUCUCCUUCUUUGUUUCUUGUUGCUUUCGUAUUCCGUUUCUCGUAUGAGGGACCAAAUGUAAUCACCCAUCAUGGCUGCAUCCCAGAAGCCGUGAUAACGCCGCUCCAUAACUUUCAUUUGCUAGUGAAAACGUUCUCCGUGCUCAUCACUUACGUCGCCCCCCUCUCUACUCCUUUUACACAUUUUACACUUUUUAUUAACUAAAUAAAACUAUGAUCAAAAUACCUUGUUAAAAUAUCAAAAAAUAUCAGUAAAAUGCCAACACGAGAAACAAAAGAAUUCACGUUUGCGGAGUCAUGUUUUCGGUGAAAAAAGUACGUAAAAAACUCAAAAAAUUCCAAUCAUACACUUUAUUUAGGUUUUCAUUAAAGACUAAACAUAUUACAAAAUAAAAGAAAAAAAUAAAAUAAAAAUCGUAAAAAAGUCGACUUUUGGUCUUCCAACUAAAAAAUUCAUAACUUCGCCAUUUUUCCAUGUGUUUUUAUCAACAUUAGCUUGUUUUUUUUUUUAAAAACAAUUGAAAAUCCAUAUUUCAAAAACGCUUCCAUAAAAAAAUUGAGUGUGAUUUUCGUGUUAAGUGGGUCAAAAUACAUGGGAAAAUUAUAAUGGGAUAUGGUGGGCAGAAUUUUUUUUCGAUUUUGUAAACUAGUGAAAUUAUUGAUUUUACCUAAAUUUUGUAAUAAUAAAAUUUCUUCCUCAUAAAACUCUUGGUCUCAUGAAAAAUAUAUGAGAUUAUGCAUAUUUAUUCAAGAAACAAAAUUUACAUUAAAUCGAUAGUUUCCAAGAUAAUUGAAAAAAAAAUUGUUUGGGAGACUACCCAAAUAAACAUUCCGAAGAAAAAUCUUCACCAGGAUUUCUUUGAAACCCUAUUUGGUGCCAUUUUUUGCAUUAUAAAACUGAAAGGUACGCGGUGAUUCACAAGCGGUAAACGUUGUUCUAGUACACUCUUGAAAAGCAUUUUUUGCAUUCUUUGAUGAACCUCUACUUAGUAGUGAAUCACCCUGUAUUGAAUAUUGAUAUUGACUCAUGUAUUUUCUCAGCUAGUCAAAAAUACUUUUGCUACAUACCUAGUACUUAAGUUGUAAGCUACAUAUACGAAUUUUAUAAAAUCAAAGUUUUAUUAAUGCAAUAUAUUAUUAGUUUUAAAAUAGCCAAUGCAUUUAGAGUAUUUAAUAACAUAGUUUUACCCUAUUUAUUUGUAAUUACACAAUUAAAUUGUUCUAUUAAUACGUU